GAGAAACGACUGAAGCUCAUCAGUUCGGUCUGUGAUCACUUUCCCAGUGAUAGCAUCUUUUAGAGACACCACGACGACACAGUUUAAUUGCAUUGAACUACCGUCUCUCAAUCUCUGUUCUUCUCCCUCUCUACCAACCCUUGCCACUCUAAGAGUACGGUGUAGGCAUGUGGACUUGCUUGGUAGCGAAGUAAAAACGAGGUUAAGGAAACCGAACGCCCAAUUGCAAGUUUACAACGUUUACAUCACCAAAAAAAUAAAACCAAGCACACUUUGCAGUAGGGACCAGUGUCAAAAGCCCAAUUGAGGCAUGACUACUUUGUGUGUGUGGCUUGUGGCUACUGACUCCUCUCUCUUUACUGAUUUUCAGAGUACAGUAGGCAUGUGUGUGUGUAUAUGUUAGCUUGACUCUUGUUCAUCCGCCACUUUAUCCUUGUUGUAUUUUGGCUUUUAAUUCUCUCGGUCCUCAUAUAGUCAAUACGGGCGGUCGUCUUGAUACAAUCCAUAAUAAGUUUGGAUUGAUUUUUUCCCAUGGCAAACCUUAACUUGGAAAAAGAUGUUUCAGGUGUUUUGAGAUCAUUUUCAGAUUCACCGCCAACUCAUUACUCCGUAGAAAUACAGUUGUUUUCGUUGCUUAUUGAAACGUACUCAGAGAAUGGAUAUGAAUCGAAGGAGUUUGAAGCUGGAGGGUACAAAUGGAAACUGGUGUUUCACCCAAAUGGAAACAAAAAGAAGAAUGUAAAAGACCACAUCUCCCUCUACUUGGUAAUGGCUGGAACAGAUUCACUAGAUAGUAGUUGGGAAGUAUAUGUUGAUUUCAGACUGUUUCUGCUCGAUCAGAAUAAGGGAAACUACUUGGUUUUUGAAGAUGCUUUAACAAAGAAGAAAUGCUUUCAUGGGGCAAUGCGUAGUGCAGGUUUCGAUAAACUUAUCCCUCUUGAAGAUUUUACUGAUGUUUCCAAUGGAUUUCUAGUCGACGAUACAUGUGUGUUUGGAGCCGAGGUCUUUGUUUGUAAAGAAAGAAGAACAGGCAAAGGCGAGUGCCUAGCAAGGAUGAAGGAAGCCUCUGUAUGCAAACAUGUUUGGAAGGUUGAGAAAUUUUCAUCUUUGGAUGCUGCAUAUGAGUCUGAACCGUUCACUGCUGGGGGCUAUAAUUGGAAGAUAAAGCUUUAUCCUAAGGGAUGUGGCGAAGGUAAGGGUAGUCAUCUUUCUCUAUUUUUGUACUUGGCUAGUCCCAUAACCCUCCCCCCUGGCUCUGAACUAUUUGUGGAGUAUAGAUUUCGCAUUCUGGAUCAAAUUCAUCACCAGCAUCAUCAUCCUUCUAGUGCUAAGAACUGGUUCCGUCACUUCCGUGACGGUACAGGUUGGGGUUGCCGUAAAUUCAUUGAACAAGAAACUUUCGGGCAGGUAGACAAGGGGUUUUUGAAGAAUGAUGCUUGCAUUGUGGAAGCAGAGGUGACUGUCCAUGGAAUUUCUAAAGCACUAUCGCAAACUAGUCCUCAAUCCCAAUGUUUUAAAACGCUGAGGCGUACCCCGAAGCGUUUUUGGGAGAGCCUUGAUAAGGCGUAAGCCUCAUGACAAUGCAUUAUAUGAAAAUGAUACAUAUAUUAUAAAACAUUAAUAAUGUAAGGAAACAAUUUUAUUCACUGAUAAUUAUUGGUCGACCCCUAA